CUUGACAAUGCCGCCAGUCACUCGCUCCACGCGCCGCAAUCUUCCCACCUUCCUCCAGGAGCCAUCCGCUCGCCAGUCAACCACGUCUGCGCCGCUGCGCCUGAGCGAACCCACUCGAACCGGCAACCCCGGCCUCCUCGACUGGAUAUGCGUAACUCCGGCCCUCAUCUGGGACCACGCCAAGCAGACCGAUGCGAUCGACGAAUUCUUCGACCAGCUACGGGGACACAGCUCCGUCGCCCUCCGACUCCAGCGCUCCCGCUCCCUCGAAGCCCCGAACACCGAAUAUCUCAUGAUCGAAUGGAGCCACGCUUCCACCCGGGCCAAAUUCAUCGACUCGGACAACUACACCUCUUUGAUGGAUCUCCUCGGACGGUUGACACAGGGUAGAUCCGUGCACCUCGCCCUGGUGGACUUCUCGGCCACCACGCGCCAGUACGCCUUCCACCUCGACACCCGGGGCCCCGUCGACCACUUCGAACUCCUGUUGGUCUACUUCCCCCGCCACCUGUCCGAGCAGCAGAGGAGGGGAAUCACGCACUGCGAUCGGCCGUUCCUGCUGCGCGGCUGGUUCCCCGGCCAGCCGGGUGUGGAGAUCGAGCCGCACCCGGUCUACCAGUUGGUUGACUGGACGCGGGGGUGGUUGGUCUACCCUCCUGCUGUGGACUUCCGGGGCCAUCGCGGGGCGCAGUGUCUGGUUUACUUUCUGCGGUGGAAUGGGCGGGCCGGGGAGAAGAGCUACAAGUCGAUCCGCGAGACGCAUGCGGUGGAUUGGUGGGGGGAGUUCUUGGGGCGGUUGGAGGAGCUGGGGAUGUUGGGGUUUGAGAGUCAGCAUGUGCAGUUUUAUAGACGUUUGCAUUAG